AUGUGGGGUAAUCCCGAGCUGGUCGAUUUCACGCGUGAUAGGGGCCUGGGCCCAGACUUUUCUCAUGAAGUCAUCAUCAAAAACGGGGACACGUACUUCUUGAACGCAGUUGGGCUCGCUAUCCGUUUCCGACCUUUGGAAAUUUUGAACCCCCUGAUCACCCGUUGGACCCCACCUUCGAUCUUCACCCCACUCGACCAUGUCUACAAGAUCCAUGUGCUUCUUGUGCCUAGAUUCGAGACACCCGUGGACCCUCUUCCGCAGCUUUCAAAGCAACGAUAUGACGCGCAGCACCAAAACGUGGAUCCACUGAAGCGGGAAGAAGUAGAAGUGAACAAGGCCAUGGAAAAACGCCCGGUGCCCACUUCCAGUACCGCGCCGCGCUCCAGACCCUACUGGAUCAAGGAACGGGAGUCUAGCACCGCAGCCACUGUCUCAGAUGCACCCCCGUUGGAUCUCGAGAUUAAGCUCGCAGGUCAUCCGGGUGUUGGUGGAGCAAACAGGUUGGAAGAUGAUCGCGAGGACACUGGCUACUGGAUUAUGGAGUAG